CAAAGCAACACUUAUGUACAUUGGCUUCAAAAUAUUUCAACUGUCAGCUGGCUUUUUGAGAAAUGUCAUUUAGCUAAAUUUAUGUGCAAAGUGUUUUACAAUUUUACAAUAUUUGUUUUACAAUUGAGUUAGUUCUGGAAUUCUUGGUUAUACUGGAUAUCUGCAAUGAUUGAAAUUACUUGCAAUGAUCGACUGGGCAAGAAGGUGAGAGUGAAAUGCAAUCCCGAUGACACUAUUGGUGAUCUAAAGAAGUUAAUUGCAGCGCAGACUGGCACAAAAUCUGAAAAAAUAGUUUUAAAAAAGUGGUACACUAUCUAUAAAGACCCUAUACGUCUAUGCGAUUAUGAAAUACACGAUGGCAUGAAUUUGGAGCUGUACUAUCAAUAAAUUAGAUAUCGUAUACUAAAAAUUGAAGUCACUGUUUUGAUAAAUAAUUUCUUUUCUUAAGCCUAUUUAAUAAAAUAUUUGUAAAAACACUAUAA